ACUUUUCACACUUUCUAAUUACACUCACCAGCCCUCAGAAAAGUUGGAAUUGUCAUUUAGGUCCCCACAGUGACGUUCUUGAUUCUCCAACCAUGCCGGGCCCCAACGAGUACUUCAACGUCCCCCUCCGCCGCGUCGCCAUCGGCAACACCGAGGAGUUCCGGCAGCCCGGCGCCGUGAAGGCGGCGGUGGCUGAGUUUAUCAGUACCCUGGUCUUCGUCUUCGCCGGGUCUGGUUCCGGCAUGGCCUACAACAAGAUUACAGGGAAUGCUCCCAACUCACCGGAGGGCCUCAUAGUGGCGGCGGUUGCCCAUGCUUUCGGCCUGUUCGUGGCGGUUGCUAUCGCUGCUAACAUCUCCGGCGGCCACGUGAACCCGGCCGUCACAUUUGGGUUGUUCGUUGGUGGAAACAUCACUCUCUUCCGUGGUAUUCUGUACAUCAUCGCUCAGCUGCUUGGCUCCGUCGUCGCUUGCCUUCUUCUCACUUUCACCACUGGAGGCCUGGAAACACCAGCAUUUUCCCUGUCGGGCGUAUCAGUCUGGAGCGCCUUCGUGUUCGAGAUCGUGAUGACUUUCGGCCUCGUUUACACGGUCUACGCCACCGCCGUCGACCCGAAGAAGGGUGACCUGGGCACCAUCGCACCCAUUGCUAUUGGUUUUAUCGUCGGAGCCAACAUUCUCGCCGGCGGCGCCUUCACCGGAGCUUCAAUGAACCCGGCAGUGUCAUUCGGCCCUGCUUUGGUGAGCUUCACCUGGACCCACCACUGGGUCUACUGGGCGGGGCCUCUUAUCGGAGGUGCGCUCGCCGGCGUUGUCUAUGAAGUGUUCUUCAUCAGCCACUCCCACGAGGCACUGCCCGGAAGUGAUUACUGAUCAGAGAAAUUGAAGUGAAGCUUCUAUGGUUCUCUUUGCUUUUAUGUAUUUUGUAUUAUGCCUUUGUGCUUUUUGUUAAUUACGAUGUUCUGUACCUAAAAGAUAAUUGACGUUUAAGUGCACGGCCUUGUUCUAUUUU